AUGGAGGGACAGACGCUACGAGCGGUCUGUCUGUUCCUCAUAAUCGGCACCUUCCUAUUGUCUGCCACAAUAGAAACAACAUCAAAAACUGCGGUUGACUUCACCGCCACCAUCCUGAAAGAUGGACUGGAAAAGAAUGUGGAGCAAGUCAUGAAUCUCGGACCGUCAGGCACGCUCCGGGUAACAGAUGAAACCGCAGAAGCUGUCUAUCAGCCCGAAAACAACAACGGCACAGAUGGAACUUUGACAGGCCCGUACGAUUCAGCGUACCGUUUUGAGAAUGGGGCGUGCGAUUUCACUAAGACUUUGAACUUCAAGGAAGCAUUUCCAGGCUACACGAAACCAAUUUGGGUUCACUAGAUGUCUGGGGCGGGGCUCUGUUGAAACAGACAAAGAUUCCUCUGGAAGGACUCUGAGCUACACGCUUGCGAACCCUCCCGCACAGUAUUGGGGUGAAAGUUUCAGUUUCUGUGUGCGGAUCAAGACUGUGCUUACCACGGGGUCGAAUUCACCAGCCGACCCCCUGACCAACCCACCGU